UCCUUCAGUUCCGCUCCGGACCCAAACACAAGUCGUACAAGAAGCAGGCAUGGCGUCCUUCACCUGUGUUCUGUAACAGACAUUUACCCCUGUCCUCUGUUAUAGCUCUUUUCUCUUUUAUUUGAAUGUAGUGGCGGAGGUCUCUCUUCACAAUGUCGUGUAGGACCGCUUGUCAAAUUUUCCACCGCCGUUUGGCGUCCACAGCAGCAGCGGCCGCUCGUCCCUCCGCGGCGGAGGUGCGCAGCCAGCGGAGCGCCGUCUUCUCCAGGGAGCAGGCCCGGCAGAGGGCUCUGUACCCCCGCGUGGAGAAGAUCGAGGUGACGGUGCACGGGCCGGGGCUGGAGGGCACGCUGCUCAUCAUGAACAGAGGGAUGUCCACCCCGCUCAGCUGUGCCAGGCACCUGACAGACUACCAUGUGACCAGCUCGGCUCUGGCGCUGGUGGACGGCGAGCCGUGGCCGCUCCACCAGCCCCUCACCCGCUCCUGCUCGCUCUCCCUGCUCACCUUCAAAGACGCCGACCCGUCGCUGGUCAACCAGGCUUACUGGCGUUCCUGCACCGCCCUGCUUGGCCAGGUGCUAGAAACCGCUUUCAAGGACGACUUUGCGGUGGAGCUGCUCCCCACGCCGGAGAUGCCAGUCACUUCAGGAGCCUUCUGCUGUGACGUGGUACUGGACCCUCAGCUGGACUCGUGGACACCCUCCGAGGAGUCGUUGCGUUCUCUGACCCGCGGUGCCCAGCAGCUCAUCCACCAGGACCUGGCCUGGGAGCCCCUGGAGGUGGCGCCCUCUGUGGGUCUGGAGGUCUUCUCACACAGCAGACAUAAACAGGAGGAAGUGGAGGAGAAGGCAGCACAGAGCUCCAGAGGCACCGUGAUGCUCUACAGAUGUGGCGACCAUGUGCUGCUGAGUGGGGGCCCCCUGGUGGCCAGGACGGGCCUCUGCUCCCAGUACGAGGUGACGGCCCUGCACAGCCUGGGACAGGGGCCCCGGGGCCUCCUCCGCCGAGCGCAGGGCCUCUCCCUGCCUCUGCAGCUCCAGGCUCAUCACACAGUGUGGAGGAAACUGAGGCAGAGGGCAGAGAAACUGGUCAAGGUGCCAAAACCCGAGCAGCUGACUCCUCCUCCAGCCGAGCCCACUCCUCCUCCUCCUCCUCCUGCAGCCAGCCAGUAAUGACCUAUGUACAACCCCACACACACAUGCACACACUUUACCAUGUACCCGACUGUAAUAUUUGUUCAAUAAAUGUGUAAAAAGCCGUCACAAA